UGAAGCAGAAAAGUCUAUCUAUUUGCAGCCAGCAUCAGCCAUAAACAUAUGAAAAAUGUUCAAGUUAGAAUCAUAUAUCACUCCUUUACUGAUGGGGUACUUAGACAAAUAUGUCAAACUACGCCCAGAGGAUUUCCAGCUCUCAUUAUGGGGAGGUGAUGCUGUAUUAUACAACCUUGACCUCCGUCUUGACCUGAUCGAGAAGGCAAUACAGCUGCCCAUAGUUUUCCAGAGCGGUCACAUACAUGAGCUACGACUUCAUGUCCCCUGGACGAAGCUAGGAUCUGAUCCUGUUGUAGUAACCAUUAACACAAUAGAGUGCAUCUUAAAAGUGAGAGAUACAGCAUAUAAAGACAAGUCACGAGCAUCAUCAGAAACUCCCGGAAAAUACAGUCAGAAACAAAAAGCACGUAAACAAGAAAGUGUUCUCCCUCCAGGCUAUCUGCAGAGUUUGAUGAACAAGAUUGUUAACAAUGUUAGCAUUAUUGUUAAUAACCUGAUUUUAAAGUUUGUCGAGGAUGACAUAGUUCUUUCCCUCAAUGUGAAGUCUGCCGAAUGUUACAGUGUAGAUAAAGAUUGGAAUAGAUCUUUCAUCGAGCUUUCAGCACCAGACUUUGUAUUGAGACGGACUGUAAAUUUCUGUGAUGUAACAGUCUGUUUAGAUAAAAGAGAUGCUAGUGGAAAGAUUGAAAACUAUCAAGAUCCAGUGGUCUAUAGAUGUAGCAUUGCCAGUAGAUUGUAUACAAAAUAUGAAAACAUGCACUCCAAAUACCCACUGGAGACCAAAUUGAAUGUGUACUGUGAACGGCUGGACCUUUCGCUAACAGAUACACAACUUCCAAUGUUGAUACGUCUCAUUGAACUCUGUCUGGCAUUGUAUUACGGGACCAUGGAGUUUAAAAUUGAGUCAAAUACUGAUGAACCAGAUCAGCAAAGUGUUGAUAGGGAAUCAAAGACAGAAAGUUCUGUGGGUGAGCCGCCACCUGCCAUGGAUGAAGCAGAACAACAACAAGGCUGGGCAUCAUGGGCGUGGUCAUAUGUGCCUCAGAUUUUACCUGAUGAGGAACUAGAUGACGCCUUUCCACAGCAUUCAAAAAAGCCACCCCCAUUGAUCUUUACCCUGGGCAUGUAUGCCUAUAAAAUGACAGUGAAAUUUAAGUUGACAGAGUAUUUAAAAGAGAAAGCACACUAUGGACCAAGAAAGGUUGUAUUUAAGCCAUUCCUUUACCUGGAAAGUGACGGUAUUUCCAUGGAGAUGUUAAUGCAAGGCCUCACAUUCUUUGACAUACAGUUUGGUGUGACCAGUCUGGCUAUCUACUCACAGGGACCGUGUAUAUGUGGGGCAGAGGGAGAGGAAAACUCCAGGAACAAUGUGCUGCUGUCAGGGGGAGACAACCUUGUUAAUAAGACUACAACAAAUUAUAUCUGUCAGUCUUUGUUUGACCAACAGUGUCCGGAAAACCUGGGCAUACCUAUAUCUAAAAUACUGGACUUUGAUGAACAUAGACAGGUGUAUACAGAACAAUAUGGUGUGCAGAAGUUUGGAUUUUUUUGGCUUGAUAGUUUAUACAGUAUGGUAAAGCCUCAUGAGAAAACUCCGCAAGCAAGCAGUAAGUCGUCUGUAUCCAGCCAAGAUGAUUCUACCGUAUUUGUACAAGAAAAUGCCCUAGCAAGAUUUGUUGUUGGUCAAUGUCAUCUGAAUGUGUCAAGUACAACUGUACACAGAGUACAGAAACUACUAGAUGCUGCUUACAAAUAUGAAUAUGAAUCUUAUUCUAAACCACGUAAAGAAACUGUUGAUGAGAGUAGACCACAUCCUACUGAAGAUCAAAUGAAAUCCCUGGAGGAGUAUAUUCCUACAAGAAUGUACCACCUGACCUUGCUUCAGCCAAUCAUAUCCAUUCUCUCCGCUGAACAUGCUCACUGUGAUAUUGCCAAGAAAUCCUAUAGAUCUUCACAUCAUAAGAACAAGCCCCAGCAGGCUCCAGUAUUACACCCACUGUUUGCGGUACAGGUUAUGAGUCAGAGGUUUGAUCUUCAGAUUACAUCACCGAUGUACCCACGUAGACUGGUACAGCUUGUCAGUAAGAUAGCCGGUCCAUCCAGUAACUUACUACACCACUGCCACUCUCAUACACAAAUGAAGUUAUUUGGUUUUCAAGUGGGUGUGACUAAAGUGGAUAGUACUGGGUCAAGGUCACCUGUACUUACCAUUCUGCCACCAACAAGUGGGGCUAUGUAUACUAGAAAAUUGAUCCUGCCAAUGUAUUGGACAAAUUCAUAUCUACCAAAGUUGGAGAAAGUGUAUGAGCUGCCUCAGAUAUCUCUAAGCUUAUCAAAACCUGCCCUCCAUGUUGUCAUGGAAAUUGUGUCGUCAUGGAAACAGAAUAAUCCUAAACCGGCUGACAUCCUAGCUAGCUCAUUAUUAGAAGACUUAUUUCCAUCACAUGAGACAGAUGGACGUUCUAAGUAUGCUGUACUAGAGAUCACACUGUCAGGAUUUGAGAUGAAAACAUGUAGAAAUGAUAUGGUGACAGCUUGCUCAGCUACUGUGUCUUCUCUACAUACUCUUCUAUAUAGAUAUGAUGGACAGAAAACCAGUAUAACUCCAAUAUUUUCCUGUCCAUGCAACACAGAUGAUAUGCACACCACUGAUUGGUUAAUUAGUGAGAACUCUUCAUUAGUGGAGGAUGUAAAGAAUGACUGCUUGGUGUUCACCUACCAGUUACCACGGAAAUAUGACCAAGUUCAAGCUCCAGCUUUGGUCUUGAUAAAUGUUGAAGGUGUUGCUGUAAGCUUGAGCCCGGUUCUACAGACUUGGUUUAGUUACAAGCCUGUUACCAGAAUAGUACAGUCCAAGGAACCAAAGAUAGAACUAGACCUUGAAUUGGCUAAGAUGGCAUCACCAUUGCAAACAAAUGUCUCACAAGUGUCUGUUCCAAGCAGUGGAUCAAAGAGACAAACAUUGAGUUUAACAAGGAGUCUUACAACCGGGCAACAGUCAACUUUACCAUCUGGAAACCAGGACAAAAAAUCUUCUGAUGAUCCAGAGCAAUCUGGUAUCGGACAGACGUUUGCAAGCAUAUUCCCCCUGAUCAGAGUUCUACAAGUCCAGGUAGAAAUGAAGAAAAUCUGUAUGUUCUUGCCAAAGCAGCAUGUAGAAAUGGAUGAUCCGAGUACAAAUAUUGUUGGAAAUUUCCAGUCUAUGGCAAGGUCAAAGUCACUUUGUGAUACGCUUGUUGUUUGCCUGCCUCGUGUUGUCAUUCAAAGUGCGGCAAUAAAACCAAUGUCUACAAUACCAGAUAUCCCUAUUACCAGUGUGGAAGGUUCUCUAGUUGGUGAUAAAAUACCAUGGAAUGUUAGUUUACAGAAUUGCUGUGUGUACACAGUUCAUAGUUCUCAAAAAUUAAGAGCUCUGCAGUUGUUGAAACCGACAACUGUGUCAUGUACUGUUGGUGUAAGCUACAAGUAUACCCCACCCACAUCAGAUACAAUAUCAGCCCUGGGACUGUGUCUACAUACAGACAUGCGUUCUGUUACACUCUCAACUUCCAUGGAACAGGUCAAGCUUCUUGUUGAUGUAGCAGGUAACACAAUUUUAACCUGUCAGCAAGCAAUAUCCUGUGCUAAUGACAUUUCCAGAUGUGUGGCAUCUGAAAGCAAAGCCUCGAAAUCUGUAUCAGAACCUUUACAUUAUCAAAACCAAUGUCCGUCUGCUCAUGUAGCAAGUGCUGGCUCAGUCAGUCAGAGUGAUGUCCCUUAUACUCAGACAUCAGGUGACAUUACCUCCCUUGAUACCCCCAGCAGAGAGCUGGAGAUCAUGGAAUCAGCAGGGGAGGGAGUGAAGUUGUCACUAUGGUUACAGUGGACAUUACCAAAAUGUGAGAUGAGGCUUUAUCUGAAAGGAAAACAAGAUGAAACAAAGGUUAGUGCUCUCCUUGAAGACAUAACACUUUCAGUUGAUGUACAGGACGUGUAUUCUAAACUAAAGUUGAAUAUGGGAGGAGCUAAUGUAUCUCAUUACAAGAGAAAGAGUGGAGAAGAAAAAUGGCAGAAAGGUAUACAGGAAGGUUUAUUAAUGAGUUGUCGUAACAACCUGACCCACGAUACCCAUAUUGUUACAUCACGUUUAUGGCGCAGUGACCACGGUUCCUCUCCUCUCACUAUUUACCAGGGGAACCAGCCUCAAAGGGAGCAAACUCAUGUAUUUUCUUCACUAACAUUUACAAGAGCUCUGAGAAAAAACGUAAAGAAAAGGUUACAGAAGUUAAAUAUUGAUAUACCAAAUGUGGACAUGCUAAAUGGAGGUGAUUUCACUCAUCAGUUCUAUUUUAAUCAAUAUGUCAGUGAAGUUUGUUUAUCUAUAGCACCAUGCGACUUUAUUCUGUGCAUGGAACCAGUGUCUGCCAUUUUAAGCAGCUUGAAUCAUAUGGAACUUCCGAAAACAACAAAAGCUGGGAAAACAGCCACCCCAUUCAAGGGAGAUAAAUCUGUAGCACCUUCUUUGAAUACAUGUAACCUCCCUUUGCUGUAUGCUGAUGUAUCAAAUGUGAGAAUAUUUAUACCAGGGGAGGAAACUGAGAGCAAACAUAAGAAAGAAAAGAUUUCAACUACUAUUGAAAAUGACAUGCUCCUGUUCCAGAUACAGUCAAUGAAUAUAACACCUCAUGCAGACAACCCGCUACCCCGGUAUGCGGUGGAUAAAGAGCUAUACCAGAAAGCUGUCCAGCUAGGGAUCACAUCAGAGUCUGGUGCUGCCAUGUCUGAUAAACAAUUCCAAGUUGAUAUUAAAGGACUUAGCUUUACUUCAGGUUGUUGGUCUGAAUUGUUGAGACAAAGUGCACAGGAAAAUUCAGGAUCAGUCACCACACCAAGUACCCAGAUACCUGCAGUGGAAUGGAAUUCCCUCAACAUCAGAGAUGAACAUAAAGACAUAGAGUUAUUCCCCUUGUUGUCUCCUUGUGACCUGAAACUAGUGCUGGCUCCAGCCUUAGUUAACUAUACCCCGGUGUUAGGGAAUGCUGACCUGAAGGCUAAUUUAGUGUGUGGGUAUGGAAUGGAGUUUAAUGUUGUCAGUGACCUUGACCUUAAUAUAAGCACCAAUCAGAUUCAUUUAAUGCAUAGGAAGGUCACAGAGACCUUGAAAACUCUGAAAAUUAGUGCAGAAAAAAGUGACGACAAUGAGGAGAGUGUUUCAUUACAAGAUAGUGGCAUAGGCAGUGAAGUGUCAGCUGUCACAUUACAGCGGUCAACUUUCAAACAAGAUAAUGCAGGUCAAGGUCAAAAUAAGACUGACACCAGAAUGACCUUGACACCAGUUGACCUACUUUUAACAGCAGGUCGCAUUUCAUGCACUUUAUAUACACAUAAGAAAACAGAAAUUGAGGUGAAACAAGAGACAGGUAAACAUGACAACAGUAAGAAAAAGAAAAAGUGUUCUAAACAAGACCUGGAAUGGAGGGUUGAUACGGGACUUGAAGAAGGGGCAGAUGCUAUGCAUUACGAGCAUAUUGGCUAUGAGGAUCCGUACCUUAUGAAUAUGUAUAAGAUGAAUACAGACACAGAGGCAAAGGUUAUAGCAGCAGGAACUACUUGUUUAGAACCAUUCCUGUUCUUCUACAUCUCUCAGCCUCAUACAGUACUAUCAUGUCAGCUUGAUCAUCAAAAGUUUGAGAUGUCUUGUUACGAUAUCUUGAUUAAAGGAACACCAGAGAAAACCUUAAUUCCAGUGACUGAUGUGAAACUGUUACCUGACUGUUCUGACUUCACUGAGUAUUGGUUAGAGACCCGACCUGGCCAGCCUCAUCAAUCUACUGGCAUACCAGCUAGUCUGUUCACUCUGUCAAUAGUUGACUUCCUUAGUAAACCAGGAAAAAUAAUCUGGAAGAUUGAAAGACCUGUUAGACUAAAUGUUUCUUUCCUGAAGAUAAAACAAGGCCAGGAGUUUUAUAAAACAUUGUUACCAUGGCAACAGAAAACACACGAAAGAACAAAAUCAUCUAAACCAGCAAGUAGAGAUUCUGCCAGUACCAUGGAAUUGCUAAGUGGAAUCAGAAGUGUGGAACUAAGAACUGUGCAGGUUAUGGUUGCCAUGGAAACCAAACCUUGUGAUGAAAAACCAGAAAUUAUUGCAUCAUUUAGUGAUUUUAAGGGACAAGUUGAUUUACAUCAAAAUGACAAAGGUGAAGUGAUCAGUAUACUGCUGUCAUCCUACAUGCGUGACAUGUUAGUGAAGACUGUCUAUGAAAGUAGGUCACUCACCAUGAUUGAUCCAUUCUGUUUGAAAGUAGACGGUACAUAUACUCGUAUAUCAAGAGACGAUCACGACUACCUGUCACAGAGUGUGGUUACCAUAGCAACUGGUCUUAUUACUGUGCACUUUGGUCAGGAACAUGCACUUUGUUUGAAACUGCUCACGGACCAUGUUGUAGAAUUUUAUGAGGAACUUUCAGCAGGGACAAGUGCAAAGACAAAAACAGAGAAGGAGAAAAGAGAUUAUAGUGGUAGCAAGUCAUUUACAGCAGAUUUUAUUGCUCAUGCAUCCAGGGAUGAUUUAAGAUCUGGAGAAUUUCAAUAUGUGAUGGACACAGAUUGUGUGGAGGUUAUUCCAAGACCAGGAGAGAUUGUAUUUUGUAAUAUUGACAGGGAAGGUAACUCUAGUAUGACUUGGAGCUAUAGUGAACCAAGAGUUAUCUCUGGUUUAUCGUCCACACCUGUACCAUUUAACACUCCUGGUAUUUAUGACAAGGCUGGAUGCACACUGCAGUAUUGGGAUAGUUUAGUUCAACAAUUUAUGGACUUUGUGGACAUAGAUCUACAAGAGAAUGAUGUCACAGAUGUGAUGUUACCAAGUAUCAGGGAGAACAGAGCUCAAGAUCUUGUAGCUGCCCUCAUAUGGAGAAUUGUUGUCAAAAACCAGGAAGAUGAAAUGAUGCUCCCACCAGCUUCACUAGCUGCCUCGAUGAAAGUGGAUUCAUGUUUUAUACCCAGCUUGAUACCAGUUACACAGUUAGGCCUCACAAUGGAGGGGGUCCAGUUACAUCUCAGUAACCAUGUACAUUGUCUUGGCACAGAAACACCUAGCAAGCUGAAGCCUUUCUUCAUGAGUUCUAGCUACCAGCCUACUGGAGAAUUUGCUGUGAUUUCAUUGGAUGCUGCAUUGAUUGCUUUUACCCAAUGGCAAAGUCAGCAAGCCCGGAACCAAAUUCAGUUUUCAAGUGUACUGAGUGUAGAUCUACUGGAGUAUAAGACAUUGACCAUGGAAAAACUAGUGUCACCAUUCGAAAUAUCUGGAAACUGUAACCUACACAAUAUAACAAAGUCACUUACAUUAGAUGUAGAUAUAAGUUGUGAACCUGUCAGAGUCCGUGUUGGUCAGGGUGGUGUACACAAUAUAGCCAGUUCAUUACAAGCAUGGAAUCAAAUUAUGAAAGAUGAACCAAGUCAACUAGAUGAGAUUGUAUUUUGCCACUAUGUUAUAUGUAACAACACCCAGCAGCCUAUAAGGUUUGGUCAGGUAGGCACAGAUGAAAACCUUGUACUACAAUCACGAGAGAUGCACCAGUAUGGCUGGAGAUCACAUAAAAUGAAACAGGAGAUGCAUAUAUGUUUGGAUGGUAGUGUAUGGAAGUGGUGUGACGCUGUUGAUUUAAACAAACCAGGAACCAACGUCCGCAGUGUCACGUCAGCUGACCAACAAUACACACUUGUUAUAACUAUCAAACGUCUCUCCAACCUACAAAACCAAGUUAUAAUUUCUGGCCUUGUAGUGGUUUCUAACAGAUUGUAUCAGCACAUGGAGGUGAAGGUUGUUACCAAGGAGACAGAACAUCAUGCUGUUGCUGGGUCAGAAAACACUAUUCCGUCAUACAUACUAGAGCCACAGAAAAUACUGGGAAUCAAGUUAAGGCCUUGGGGAACUAAUAGUCCCUGGUCUAAGGAAGUGCAUGUAUGCAGUUCUAACUUCAAGGAAAAUAAUUUGGUGAAGAUCACGUCUGGCAGUAAAAUAUUCCACAUCUGGUGUAGAGUUAUUUCACAUAAUAUACAAAAACUGCAGCAAAUUUAUGUUAUACUUUGCCCCCUGUACACAGUAAGGAGUCAUCUUCCAUACCCUCUAUAUGUUAACAUUGACACCAGCAAACUUAAUGUUCAUGAGCAGAUAGAGGCCCCAGGGCGGGGCAGGGACUUUCAGUUACAAUGCCCUGGUGGUGAUAUCCAUCAGGCCCUUACAUUUCAGUUCAGUUCAAACUCUGUAAAGUCCAGCACAAGUGUUACACUUUCAACUGGGCUUAUAGAUCAGCUUCAGAGAGCACAGGUUACUGACUUUAACCCUGAUAGCUUAAGCAACUACUGGAAGACUGAUUCCUGGUUUGAGUGGCCAUAUAUACAGAAUGUCCAUUUAGAAGAAAAUUCACCAAAACCAGGUUUAUACAGUAUAACGGUUCCUGAGUUAGAUAUUCAGAAACAGCCCACUAUAGACCUUAAUGUGAACCUAUCAGAGCUGUGGCCCGGCUUUCAGACACUUCUUGUAGAUGUUUCACCUUCAUUUAUAGUCAACAAUCUUUGUGACCUUGACCUUGUGUUUAUGGGCAAUGAGGAUGUGACUUUUGAUUUGCUUAAAGGUCAAACAAUAUGUCCUCCAAAAUUAGAGAGUAGUUUCCAUGUGGGUGUGAAGUUUGGGGAUGUGGUUGAUAUGUCUGAGCCAGUGCCUGUGUCUGAGGAGGAAGUGGGAGAGCAGCGCUAUAGAAAUGAUCUCGGAAAAACACUGUAUAUAGACUCAUAUGUUAACAUGCCAAUAUUUACAGAAUGUCAAGGCCAAAAACAGGUGUACUUUCUGACAAUAACUUCAACAAUAAAGCACCAUAUACGUGUUGUGACAGUACGGGAACAGUUUGUGAUCUCAAACCUGACCAAAUACAUGCUUCAAGCCUGUGUUUUUGCUGUCCCUGUUUGGAGUGACAAGGUCACCAUGCCAAUUGAUUCUAGUUUUGAUAUAAGCAGCCAUCUUGGUUGUCAUAGGGACAAAUCUGACCUUCAACCUUUGACCUUCUUGCCUCUUCAAUAUUCAUGUGAUAUUCAGCAAACAACUGACAUUGAUCAGGCUACUGAUAUGUUUAACUACUUUGCAUUGAGAAAUGCUGGAAGAACUGUGGAAAAUAAGGGCAAUAAUGAUAAAUCAAGAGAGGCGGGAAAUGACAAUUUUUCUGAAGUUUCAUUGACUGCAUGUAACACGGAUUUUGAUUGGACAUUUCCUGUUAGAAUGGUUGCCAAUGAGAAUGGUUGCAGGAUGACAACCAGUGUCACUGUUAGAAAGGGCAAUGAUGUGAAACAAGAGGCAUUGUGUAUAACUGGUUUAGAAAAAAACGGAAUAAUAUAUUUUACAAUACAGAUUGACACUGCACCAACUUGCUUUAUACAAAACCAGUGUUAUUUUCCUCUGUACUACGGGCAAACUUUGAUGGAUUUGUCUCUGUCAGGUACUACAAUACAAGAAGAAGUAGAAUUGGUAAAUUUUCUACCAUCUGUUCCUAUAAAUGGAUCCCUGUAUUACACACCGCCUUCCAUAAAUUCAUCAUUCCCUCAGAUCAAUGAUAAACAUUCCAUUCCAAAAAUACACAUAUCUGGCACAUUGCCAAAAGACUCUGAAGAAAAGGAAAUUCCUAAAGUGACAUGGAGUAAUCCAAUAGAUUUACAUGUUGCAGCUGAUAAUUUCGUUUCCAUUCCAAAUGUUGCUGAUGUCAAAGUUCAUGUGAAGCAGGUUGCUAUGGUAACAUAUAUCACAAUUUCUCCUAUAACAAAAGCUGAUGUGUCUGCCAAGGAGAUUCGCAGUCGUUUGAAGGGAAGGGAGAGAACUCUAGUAGUUGAAAGUGAAUUAAGGGAAACGGCUGACGUGAAAAUAGCUAAAGAGUUGAAACAAGCCCUGGAAACUGGAUUUUCUGCGAUUAAUGAAGCAGAUAAAAAGAAAGAUAAGACGACAAUGUCGCUGAAACUUUCUGUUGGUUUGUUUAUUAGCCAGUUGUCGCUGGUGGUCCAGGAUGAGGCGUCUUCUUGUUACACUAAAGGUGAAAUAGUACGUCUUACUAUAGAUGAUCUAUUUUUUGCCUCGUAUCCAGCAAGUGAUCUUAUUGAGGAGACUGGUCAUCAUAGAAACUGCAUAGUGUUCAGCAUAGGUGAUGUACAACUUGAUAAUCAAAUACAGUCACAGGGUAACUAUGAUUUCCCCGUGGUUCUUGUGCGACAAGAUGCUGACAAAAAUCCAUACAAUAGUGACCAUUUGCAGGUUUCUGAUAUGAAUGUUCUAGAAAAACAUGCCGUUUUAAAAUCACUUAGUGUUGUCCAUAUACAGAUUGUGUUAGGAAACAUUAAUGGGCGCUCUUCCGUGAUAGAAUCUGUUGAAUGUGCAAUAAAACCUUUAAGUUUUUACAUAGAUGAUACAUUUAUAUUCCGCUGUAUUAAAGAAGCUGAAGGAUUCUUACAAGUUCCCCUAUCAGUCCAUGAACCACUUCCUGUUGAUAUACUAAAGCUACCUUCGACUGUGAAGAGCAUCUCAAAGACAUUGAGUUGUCCUGUCACUAUAGGACAUUUGAAUAUACAACCAGUGGCAGUUAUGUUCAGUAUACAUGCUUCCAUGAAAGUAUUUAUAGCUUCAGACCACACACCUUUAUCUUUCGGAAAAUUUGAAAAGACACAAGUCUGUACAACAGGUUACCAGCUUAUCCGAGUUUUGGUGAUGCAUUAUGCUUCUGGAGCAUUGUUCAGAGCAGGGGCUGUUGUUGGGUCGCUAGAAAUUUUGGGAAAUCCAACAGGACUUGUACGCAGUAUAGGCACAGGGGUUGCUGACUUUUUCCGGAUGCCAUACAGGGGUCUGACACGGGGACCCGGAGCCUUUGUUGUAGGUGUGUCACAGGGAACUUCCUCCAUGGUGAAGAAUAUUACCACAGGGAUGCUGAAAUCUGUAACAAACUUUGCAUCAAGUGUGUCCCGUAAUAUGGAUCGCCUGUCUUUGGAUGGUUCCCACAUCAAGCGACAGGAAGAAAGUCGUAGACACAGACCAGAUGGUGUUGGAAAUGGACUGAAGCAGGGCCUCACAGGAUUUGGGCUUAGUCUACUUGGUGCUGUAGCAGGUUUAGCUGACCAGCCUAUACAAAGUUUGUUGGACACAGAAGAAGGUGGUCAGUCUAAGUCAUCGGCUGCCUCUGGUUUAGUGACUGGUAUGGGUAAAGGUCUUGUUGGUGUAUUCACUAAACCAAUCGGAGGUGCCGCAGAGUUUGUCUCACAAACAGGUCAAGGAAUACUUCAAGGAACAGGCCUUAGCAAGUUGCCAAACCCACGAGAAUCUCCACAUGUUAUCACCAUUUCUCAGGAGCCCUGCGGACAAGUCAAAUAUGCUUUGAAACUUUUUCAAACGUUGCCAUCCAAUGACAUUCUGUGUUGUGUAGAAGCAUUACAUAUAGACCUUACUGACCAAGAUGUGCCAGUUACACUUAUCCUAACUCCAGAGAUAUUGUUUGUGGUAAAUCAUGAGGAAGAUAAUCAACAACAGUCAUUCUCUGUUCUUGAACUAGACUGUGGUGUAACUCAGAAGGACCAGCCAUUACUGUCUAUAGUUUGGAAGGACUUGCAAACAUUUACUGAAGAACAACAUGGACCAUCUAACAAGGAGAGAGUGACCGCAUUUGUAGAUGCUGCUUCUAAAUAUAUAUCUACAGAACCUCCUGCUGUAUGUAGUACUGCUGAGGAUAAAUGCGAGACAAACUGGGGCGGAAAACUUGUACAACAUCCUUAUAGCGAGGAAAUUUCUCAACCAAAUGUAACUACUAAUGUAAGAAAUCUCCAAAUUGAAGAGUUAUCUCAAGAGAGACAAUCAGGAUCUGUUAUACAAGGGGAACAACUCUCAGAUACUGUUUCAGACUCCAGUGUGGAAGUUUCCCAUGCAACUCUUCCGCAAUAUGACUUCAGAAUAAGUGCAGAACAUCUUGCAGCAUUUCUCGCCAUAUUUAAUAUUACGAAAAAUAAAUUGAUGGGAGUAGGUUUUUCUAUUUAAUGGAGCUAAUCUGUGAUAUGAUGAAUUUUGUGACAGAUUUUAUUUUUUGCUGCUGUAUAUUUGAAAUUAUGGUUUAAAUUCCAGUGUCAUUUCAUAGACAGUACUCCACAGAAUUUAUAGUCUUGAUGAUUCAUAUUAGUGAUAUAAUGAUAUAGAAUUUAUGUGCUUGUUAAUAAACAAAAAUAGGAAUAAAUGUAGUAGGCAAAAGUAAUGAAAGUCUGGUAUAGUUUUUAGGGCAUGUUAGUAGCUGACUACAGUCCUUGUUUAUUUGUUGUAAAUGAGUUUAUUGUAAAAAGAAUAUAAUGUUUUAAAUAUAAUGAUUUUUGAGUUUUAUGAAGAAGAAUUCUUACUAAAUUGAAGAUAAUGAUUAUUAACCCUGCUAGAGGCAAAUGAGUAUACACAUGUGACCAGUGAAUAUAACCAUGUGACCAUUGCAGUCCAUGAAUAGGUAGCACAUCAGGUCAGUGGUUUUCUGUCUGUACAUAUAUUUUAAAAACAUUCCUCAAAAUGAUCACUUGUUUUGUCCAUAUUAUAGCUGGACAAUCCAUUGUAUGAGAUAAAUAAACAUAAAUAAUAAAAUUAUGAGAUAAUUAGGAAAAAAGAAUAUAUUUUUCCCUUAAAACAUUUUGAUGAACAGUUUUUAGCUUACAUAUUUUAGUAUGAGUAUAAGGAAUGGUAAAUAAAUUAUUAUCAAGUCUGUAAAAGAAGCCAAACUACGUUGAAAUAAUGACUUAGUCCAGAUAUAAUUUUGUUAUUUAAAUUAAAAGGGGUUUUGGGGUUUUGCCAUCUUAGUAUAUAGUUAUUAUACUCAUGGUAUAUAUAUAAAGUGAGGGUAAAUAGAUAUAAAAUCAGUUAAAAAUAUAGAAUUCAAGAAUAAAAAGGGAUUUUAUGUGUAUCUUAAUGUAUUUUUGUACAUAGUUUUGAGAUUUACAAUUAUGAGCUAUCAUAACAUAGGAUGUUUUUUUAUGAAAAAGAAAAAUCAACAAUGUAUACUCUAUCAAUAACAAUGUACAUGUAUGUUUUUAAAGUUGUGCAAUGAUUUUGACUUUAAUUAAAUGUGGAACUGUCUGUUGAUGGUUCAAGGGAUGUCAAUUUUUAUAAAACUGAACAGUUUGCAGUAUGCAAUGUAGUCCAGUCAGAGUAUAUGGAGAUGUAGACUCACCUGUGACUAUACAGGUAAUAUAAGACAUGUUUGCCGCCUUGUGAAUAAUGUGUUUUUCAAAAAUUUAUGAUGCAAGAAGUUAUAUUACGCCUUUAUUGAAAUGAAUAUAUAUAUUAUAUAUUGUAUGCACAUGUAUAAUUAUAACUUCCUAUGAAAUAGGUAAUUGUUGUUUAUAUAAAGUAUGAUGAUAUGAGCUGAACUCUGCUUUCGAUCUUAUUUAUCCUUUUAAUUAUGUAAUGUACUUACUGCUUUGAAUUUGGAAAUGUCCAAUCAGCCAUUUUUAAUUUUUAUAAAGUACAAACAAUUUUUUGCCAAGUAUAAGUGUCAAGUAUUAUAUCAUUGCUGUGCAGGUCACCAAUGUUAUCAUAUUGAACAACGCCUGUAGUAUAAAACAAGGCAGAUGAUGCUACUAAGUUAGAGCAAGGCCAACUAUUACAUCAGUAUAGAACAAGUUCACAUAUGCCACUAGUAUAGGCCAAUGCCAAUUACACUGUCAAUAUAGAACACAUGGCCACCUAUGCCACUAGUAUAGAACAAGGCUUUUGGCAACACUUGUAUGAAGCAAGGCCACUUAUGUCACUUAAUUAGAACAAAGGCCACUUUUGUCAAAUGUUUAGAACAAGGCUUAUAACAACACUAGUAUAAAGCAAGACCACCUAUGCCACUAGUUUAGAACAAGGUCAAUACUUCCACCUUUACAGAAGAAGGCCAGUAUUUGGAAUACUGAUACAGAAAACUUACAACUAAUUGGAUUAUUACAAAUUUAAAGCAGGGCAAGUUCAUAACACAUAAUCAUCAAGGUCUAAACUUGUGACAUAGAACUACCAUUACUCGGAGAUUAAUUUGUUAUCUUUAUUUAUGUGUUAAUUUAUACAAGGGUUAAAAUUAAAUGUCAAACUGUUGAUUAUGCUUAUUAUGGAUGGAAGAUUAAAAGAAAAAUAGUGGGAUA